AUGGUGAAUUAUAAUUUCAAGAAGAUAACAGUUGUGCCAGAUGGAAAACAGUUUGUUGAUAUCGUUCUUUCCCUCACUCAGCGGCAGACAAAAACUAUCGUUCACAAGGGUGACAAGAUCAGCAAACUCCGUAGCUUCUACAUGAUGAAAGUGAAGUUCACACAAUCAAACUUCAACGAGAAGCUCUCUGCCAUUAUCGACGAGUUUCCUCGCCUCAAGGAGAUUCACCCCUUCUUUGACGAUCUUCUUCAUGUCCUUUACGAUAAAGAUCACCACAAGCUCGCUCUUGGUCAGCUCAAUACCGCUAGGAAUAAGAUCAGUCAAAUCGCCACGGAUUAUGUGAAGCUAAUCAAGUAUGGUGAUUCACUGUACCGGUGCAAGUGCUUAAAAGUGGCAGCUCUUGGGCGUAUGUGUACUGUUAUGAAAGGUAUCGGUCCUAGUUUGGCUUAUCUUGAGCAGGUUAGGCAGUACAUGGCGAGGCUUCCUGCGAUUGAUCCAAACACUCGAACCAUCUUGAUCUGCGGAUGUCCUAAUGUGGGAAAGAGUUCUUUUAUGAACAAAGUUACAAGAGCUGAUGUGGAUGUUCAGCCAUAUGCUUUCACCACGAAGUCACUCUUUCUUGGUCAUACUGAUUACAAGUGUUUGAGGUAUCAGGUGAUUGAUACACCGGGGCUUUUAGAUAGGGAACUUGAAGACCGUAACAUCAUUGAAAUGUGUAGUGUCACCGCCCUGGCUAACCUUCGAGCUGCUGUUUUGUUCUUUCUUGAUAUUUUGGGUUCUUGUGGUUACAACAUUGCUCAGCAGGCUUCUGUGUUUCACAGCAUUAAGUCUGCGUUGAAGAACAAACCAUUGGUUAUUGUCUGCAACAAGACUGAUUUGAUGCCUGUGGAGAAGUUAUCUGAAGAAGAUAAGAAACUGAUUGAAGAGAUGAAAGAUGAAGCUAUGAAGACUGCAAUGGGAGCAAAUGAAGAAGCAGUGCUUUUGAAGAUGAGUACUCUGACUGAAGAAGGUGUGAUGUCAGUGAGGAAUGCUGCCUGUCAGAUGCUGUUAGAUCAGAGGGUAGCAGCGAAGAUGAAAUCUAAAAAGAUCACUGACCACCUGAACAGGUUCCAUGUGGCGAUGCCGAAGACUCGUGACGACCAAGAAAGGCUCCCUUGCACACCUCAGGAAGCUUGUGAAAAGGAUCAGAAACGAAAGACAGAGAAGGACUUGGAAAAUGAAAAUGGUAGGCGUGGAGCUGGGGUUUAUUCUGCUAGUCUAAAGAAGAACUACAUUUUGGCUAAUGAAGAAUGGAAGGAUGACAUAAUACCUGAGAUCUGUGAUGGUCAUAAUGUUUCUGACUUUGUUGAUUCAAACAUUUUGAAUAGGCUUGAGGAGCUGACAAGUGAAGAAAGUCUCAGGCGGGCAGAGGAAGAAGAAAAUGGUUUUGAGAUUGAAGGCGAAGAACUUACAGAGAAGGAGAAGAAUAAUUUGGCUGCUGUGCGUAAGACGAAAGCCUUGCUCAUUCAAAAUCAUAGACUCAAGAAGAGCAAUGCACAAAACAGAGCAACUGUUCCAAGAAAGUUUGACAAGGAUAAGAAGUUUACAAGGAAGAGAAUGGGUAGAGAGUUAUCAUCUCUAGGUCUUGAUCCGUCUUCUGCUUUGAACCGUGCAAGAAGCAAGUCUAGAGGUAGAAAGAGGGAAAGAGAUGAUGAUUUUGGUAAAGAUUCGAUGGAGGUGGAUGUGAAUGACGAUGAGCAGCAGAAGAAGAAGAAGAAGAUGUGUCUGAGAUCCAAAUCAAGAUCUUUGUCAAGAUCAAGAUCAGUGUCAAGGCCACCACAUGAGGUUUUACCUGGGGAAGGCUUCAAAGAUUCUUCACAGAAGAUUAAGGCAAUUAAGAUUGGGAAUAAGUCUCACAGGAAGAGGAACAAAGCUGCACGCCGUGGAGAAGCAGACAGAGUUAUACCAUGUCUUAAACCAAAACACUUGUUUUCAGGGAAAAGAGGCAAUGGAAAAACCCAUAGGCGUUGA